UCUACUAGUCAAGGUUAUCUGUUUGAAAUACCAAUGCAUGAUGAGUUCUUAACACUUACUGGAGACGAGAUGUUGGUGUUAUUCUGUUUUCUGUGUUCUGACUCCGGUCCUCCUGACUUCAAUGACACAGAGUGGCUGGAUCUGCUCAAUGGUAUACGACGGGAUGCUUGCGAUAAAGAAAAUCUUGUAAACAUGGUUACACCCAAGGAAGCACAGCAGACUCUGGACAGACUGAAGUCACGUGAUUUUCUUUGGGAAGAUCAGGACAAAAUAACGGAGGAAACAAAAGAUUGUAUAAUGUUUACCAUAGCACAAACAUGGCCUGCUAUUCCAUUCAUUUACAGUAGUUAUAACACAGCCAGUGUGUAUCUGAGAUCAAUGUUGUAUAGAAGAAGACCUGGAGAAAAGUGUAUCUGUGGUGUUCCUUAUAAUAAAUUACUGAUACUUCGUUUACAGAUGAAUAUACUGACUCAUGCCACCAUGAAGGACUCGUUGAUCACUUUUAAAGUGUCUCAUAUCUUGAGGAUCCCAAUAGAAAUUGUAGGUGGAAAUGAAAUAAAAAAGAAGGGGUAUUUAGAGACUUUGAAGCAGAAAGGUGAGGGUAUACUUUACAAAGGAAGAUCAUCGGACAGAGAAGAUCACGUGACAUGGCUCUGGAGAUACGACGAAGACGCGAGACCAGACAUUGUGAGAUCCUGUAUAGGCCUCCAUCCACACUGGGAUAUCUACGUUAUAGAUAACAAGGCUUACAGAAAACCAAAUAAGUAUCACCAAUACAAGCCUGCUGUGAGAUGUCUACUGUACUGUGUUCUAUUGGUGGAUCAGUAUACGUUUGAUGUCAAUCACAAGUCCCACAAAGAAGUGUUAAACAAACUCAGGGAAAGAUAUUUCACAGACAUACCAUUAUAUGAUAAAAUCAACGUAUCAAAGAUACCUGACGGAAUAAUUUAUAAGCGGGACGGUGGCGUUACAUUUAUAUCAGAAAACAUUCGACAUGACGUCAUGUACGCCUUUGUUACGGAGUGUCUGGUGGAGGACAGCGAUCUGGAGUUUUUCCUGACCACGGCGUCACGUGACGUGGUAUCAGAAUACUGCAGAUCCUGGGGUUAUGAGAGUAGUGAGGGAGAGAGGUGUGUGUAUGUUCCGGAGGAGCCAGAGAAGAUGUACGACCUCUUUAUAGACAAACUACAGUUGGACAUCAUCAUCCUCCCUACCAUGAAUGAUAAGAGUAUAUAUCAUAAGAUAAUUUAUCGCUUAAAAAUAACAGAAGAGGUACUGGGAUGGGACAUAGAUGCCAGAAAAAGAUAUAUCGAACUAUCCAAGAAAGGAAGAAAAUCCAUGUACAGAGCCAGGGGAAUGAUAGUGGGCUGUGCUGGCGCAGGAAAAACAACUCUUCUUAGACAGCUUCAAAGAAAACAAACACACGAUUGUCAUAGUUCAACUGAGACGACUGUUGGUCUUGAAAUCCACGAAGAUCUCUUUGAAAUAAAAGAUGGCACAUUGAUAGAUACCAAAAAGGAUGAAUUUGAUUUCAUUAAAAGUCAAGGCAAACAGAUUAUAAGCAUGACGGACUUCGCCGGUCAAGUAGCGUAUUACGCCUGUCAUCAGAUUUACCUCUCAAGAAGAGCUUUUUAUCUGGUUGUUAUGGACAUGUCUAAGAGACUGGAUGAAGUAGUUCACACACAAGACACUGAUCGACACAACCCAAUAGGAUCUUUAUUUCAUGGCUGGACAUACAAAGAUUACUUCCUUUUCUGGCUACGGUCAAUAAAAACGUAUUGCGGGGAUGGAAACAGACUGAAAACAAAGGCCAACCCAAUUAUUGUUAUUGCAUCUCACCUUGACUGUAUACAGUUCGAGAAAGUAGAAACACACAAUGCUCAAAUUGAAGAUUUUACCUUCUAUGACAAAUUGGAGGAGUGUUUACCAGGACAACACUUACUAAAAGAUAACAUUUCGAAGGAACGUUACUUUGAAAUUCAAUGUCCACCGAAAAAAUUAAAUGAAGACCAGCUGGAGGUAAUUGAAAAUGUCAGGAAAUGUAUUGUUAAGACUGCAAGCCGCCUUGCCCACUGGGGUGAACAAAUUCCAGUUAAUUGGACCAUAUUUGAAGAUUUUGUACAGAAAAACAAAGAAAAAAGAAUUUUGAGUAGAAGUGAACUACAGAACAUAUCUGAAUUAGAUUCCUUACGUGAAAUUGAGAAGGAGGAUAUGCUUAGAUAUUUUAAAGAGAUAGGACUAAUAAUAUACUUUGCUGAAAAGAAUCUAAAAGAAAGUAUCAUAGUAGAUGUCCAGUGGUUUGUAGAUGCCUUUAAAAAUAUAAUAACAGAUCCUACUCAUGCUCGUUCAUUUUGCAAAAGUGUUGAAGAAUGGAAGACUUUUAUGAGCACUGGGAAAAUUACUGAUUCAACACUUGCUGAGUUAUUGAGUGAGCAAAGCUCUUUGUAUGUAUUUCAUAAAAGUAUCAUUAUACAGUAUAUGGAAAAGCUUGGCAUACUGGCCACAAUACAGACACAGGAAGGGAAGAUGAACGACCCACUACUAGUAGAGCAUGUGUACUACAUUCCUAGUAUUAAUAGGACUGAAUUUUCAAUUGAACAUAGAAAGGUUAUGGACAACGUCAACAAAACCCCUGUUUUGGUUUUUUCUUUCAAAACUUUCAUCCCACACUUCUUUUUCUUUAGACUUGUAGCUUUGUGCUUCUCUGUGUGGGAACCCUUACGUGAUGACCUACUCUGUAAAAAUGUUGCUUUUUACAAAAGCAAAGGUGGUCACCAAAGAAUUGCUAUUGCGGUUAACAAGUCCUCCAUUCAGUUGCAAGUAUUUACUCCAGAUGAUACAAUCCAGCUAAGAAGUGAAAAAACCAAAGAAAUCAGAGUUCACAUAGAAAAUAUGAUUAAAGACAUAACCACCACAUUCCAUCACCAAGUCUUGUAUAAAGUCGGAUACCCAUGUAGAGAUAUAACCAUCACAGAUGAGGAUGAGUACUGUUUCUUAAGCGAAAGAACAGUAGCAGAGCUGGAAACCAAUGAAAUAAUUUGUCCAAACUAUAUACCUCCAACAAAGCAUGAGAGACAUAAAAUAGUUCGUGAUGAAUUGUUGUAUUAUUGGUACACGGAUCCAGAAAAGAAUAUCAAGAAUUAGCACACGCAACAGUGACGUAACAGAUUUUGAAUUGAAAUUUAAGGACUUGGAAAGUUCAGGCAAACCCUGAGCAUUCUGCGCAGCAAUUAUUAUUUUUCCAUAACUGUUACUGUCUAAUUUAAAUUUCUGUACAUACAUGUAUUCAUUUCCUAUAGUCAAGAAAAACUGGAAAACCUUAACAUAGUCUGAUCUGAUCCUUCGUUGCCUUGUCUUUGAUGAAGAUACAAGGUUGAUAUUGCAGUAAUAAUGGAGUUUAUGUAUUGUUCAAAGAAUAUAUAUUUCAGUUUUUUAUGAACAUAUCUUUUAUAUUUGACCUUUGUUAUCAGCACAAUGUGCGUUUUAUCCCGAUAUUUUCUACGCUUCUUCAACAAGUAAAGAGAAUGUUAAUUAAAUGAAUUCUGUUUUCAGAAACGUUAUUUGCUUUUAUUUGCAAUAGUUUAAAAUCAGUCAAAAAAUUUAUCUCCUUGAAAUGUUUUACCGGGAAUUAUGUGAUAAAACAGCUAUUUUUAAUGACAGUUUAAAGAACUCAAUAUGCCACAAAACAAAAUAUACAAAGUUAAAAUGAUAAACUUUUAAUGUUUCCAUUAGCUUUUAAUUAAUAAACUUUUAAUGUUUAAUGUAAGCUUUUAGCUACUGAUUUAGCACAUUUUAUGUAUUAAUAUGUAUAACGUACAGUUAAUAUAUUAUAAAAUCAAAGUCUCCUCGAAGUAUUUAAGUCGUAAAUUGUGAAUGGGUAAAUCCAGUUUUUUUAAUUUAUUGAUAAUAGGAUAUACGUUGAAUAUUUCAGCUGGCAAAAUUAAUUGUGUGUAUUUAGGUCUAAUAGAUUGUUUUAAUAUACAUUUCAAUAGCUAUAUCAGAGCUCUUUACUUCACAUUUAAUAUGUAAGACUAAGGAUUUUUGUUCAAUUUUUUAUCAUCUCAUCUUUUUAAACCAUGUAAAUUUUUUUGUUGCAAUUUGAUUUCGAAUAUAAAGCUCCACAUCAACGUUUAUUGUGUUGACUUUAAAAAGGUUAUCAUGUAAUCAUA